AUGGACUUGGCCUAUGCUGCGAGCACGGUCCACCGUCGAUUCCAUAAGCCAGGUGCUGUACAGCUAUGUACUCUCAUGAACAUCAAGACUGGUGGCUGCACAGAGGAUUGCUCUUACUGUGCCCAAUCGUCUCGUUACAAGACAAAUCUUACGGCCACAAAGCUAUCAACAGUUGACUCAGUGUUGGAAGCUGCUCGAACCGCAAAACAAAACGGCAGCAACCGGUUUUGCAUGGGAGCAGCAUGGAGAGAUAUGCAAGGUCGAACUCGAGGCAUGAAGAACAUUGUAGAAAUGGUCAAAGGUGUUAGAGCACUUGGCAUGGAGGCUUGCGUUACCCUUGGGAUGCUGGACAAAGAGCAAGCGCGAGAACUGAAAGAAGCUGGAUUGACUGCUUACAACCACAAUGUCGACACUAGUCGAGAGCACUACCCCAGCGUCAUCACAACCAGGAGUUAUGACGAGCGGCUACAAACCAUCGAGAAUGUGAGAGAAGCUGGCAUCCACGUCUGCAGUGGUGGUAUUCUUGGUCUGGGAGAAGUGCCACAAACAGAUCACGUUGGACUUAUCCACACUCUCGCAACCCUGCCGGAACACCCUGAAUCGUUCCCAGUGAAUAAACUUGUGCCUAUCAAAGGAACCCCAAUGUACGGACAAGAACCUGUCAAGCUUGAAGAUAUUGUGCGUUGCAUAGCGACUGCUCGUUUGGUAAUGCCAAGCACCAUAAUACGACUUGCUGCGGGACGAAUCAGCAUGCCAGAAAGCGAGCAGAUGUUGUGCUUCAUGGCUGGUGCAAAUGCUGUCUUUACUGGUGAGAAGAUGUUGACCACAGACUGCAAUGGCUGGGACGAGGACAAAGCUAUGUUCGAACGGUGGGGUCUGCAACCUAUGCAGACAGAAGCCAGCAAGGUCGUGGAGGAACCAAAAUUCACAGCCCAGAGCUUUGACACAUUCAAGCGAAAACAGGAGCAACCUACAGCAUCGUAG